AUGGACCAGGUUCUCCUCCAACAGUUGGAGUACACUGCACCCGGUUCGCGACCGUUCGGCACCUCCACUCUCGCGCUCUUCGGUCUCCCCGGCGCACCCUUCGAAGGGGUGCCAGUACACUCUCUCCUGCUGGAUGGCUCUUUGGCCGUCUGGCUGCGAGACGCCCAGCAGCGUGCACUGCCUGGAAUGGACAGCGUCAAGGUAUCUGUCCGCAUCCUGAUACCGGGAUAUACCGAAUGGACCCAUCAGAUGAGGGUACGCACAGGACAUCGGACAACCACGCCGUUCACAAUCGAACAGGCGGCAAAAGCGCUGGCCACCGAGAUACACCGCGCGUACAACCACCUCUCUCGGCAAGAAUGUGCAUACAGCGGGUGGAAGUUGGGCGCGGACGGAAUUACUUUCGAACAGAUCUUUCUCGCUGGAGUACGGCGUGUCUCGCACGCUAGCAUUCAACCUAUCCUCGUCAUCCAAGUUUGA